AUGUAUAAUCCAUUCAUUUAUAACCCAUUGCAAAAAGCGGUUAGAUUGGCCGUUUUGCUAUUCCUAGCCGGUUUGUUUAUUCUCAACUGUCGAGCUGCAACAUUACCAGAUCAAAGCACAAUUCCGCAUAUACCAGCCAAUGCCGAGGGCACUGCCGAGCUCGAUUCAGCCCAAAAUGCUCCGCCCACUCUAGACAAACUUGCUACCACAUUUAACUUCGAAUGGGCCAAGGCCCGAGUUCAAGAUAUCACGGACCAAAAGCUUGAACCUUUAUAUUAUAACCAGGUCUGUCAAAUGAGCAUUCCUGUUGGCUCAUCAAAUACCCAACAGUUCGAAGAGACAGGAUUCUAUACCCUAAUAUCCGGUGCUAUAUGCCAAGAACGGGCCAUGCUGGUGGCUUCUUGUUUAGAUAAGCUUUUAGAAUCAAAAGACAUAUGUCCAGCUGAUAAGAACAUUCAUAUGUUAUUAGACAUUAUUAUGCUUUAUACCUUCCUAAUCCAUGAGGAAAACGAAGAUCGUCAGCACCCUCCUAUUAUACCAGAUAGUAUUCCAGAGUACCACACUCUCUUUAUUGAACAUUUUGCCAAACAUAUCUUAGAUUGGGCCCCUGGCCCCAAUGAACUAAUUUGGGCUCUUGAGCAAACAUGCCUCGAUCAAAACACCUAUACCAGUUGUGGCGGCAAUAGAAAGAAUUCUCAUGAUUUAGCGGUCAACCAGACAACCAGUUUCGCGGAUGCCGAAUAUACUAUUGUCCAAAAUCAGCAUUGUAUUGAUGUUUUGAAGCGAUCUCCAGUCAUUAACUACAUCCACCCUCUAAACAUAGCUCUUUAUGUAAAUGGGCUCAAAUAUAUCUAUGAUGCUGAAACUAACAUAUUUGUUAUAGUCCAACACAAUCAAAGCACCCCAGGCCAACCCUCAACUAAACACAUCACCCAAGACAACAAGUGUACCAUUGAGGCCGCUACUCGCUUGAUAAAUGCAAGUAUAGAAGAUGGGUACACUAUAAUGGCAUGCGAUAAAGAGGCUAAAACUUUCAAAAAGAUCUUAGGCCAGUAUCGCAAUCUUCGCGACUUCAAACAAAUCUUUAAGCGAGACCCUACCAGACAUGUUAAGUCAUUUGCUGAGUAUGAUGUCUUAAAGGCUAAACGAGCAAACGAGGCAGAUGAGCAACAGCGAGAGUUUCCCCCUGAAUACUGCUACGAGCGCCGAAGUAUAGCUUUGACCGCUUCUAUUGCAAUCAUAGCGUUAGUUGAGGUUAUUGCCAUCACAUUUUAUGUCGCGUUUUCGGCUCUUGAUCCGAUAGUACCCCUACUGCCAUUCAGCCUCAUCGGGGCGGGGCUGGCUAGCUCUAUACUCAUGCUUUUCCAUACCUCUCCAUUGAGCAACGCCAGAGCUAUGCAUAUGAAAGAGCGGCAUUAUGCAUGCUUCGUCUUUCAAGGCGCGGCGGCUUUUGUUCUAGGAGGCACUGGAGUGUUGAAUUUAGUUCACUGUUACCACUCACCGGGACAAAACGACAUCUUUCCGUACAUGUUAGCUCUCUACUUAUCUGCAGCACUUGUCAUUGCGGCUUGCUUUGUAAUUCGACUUUGCCUUGGUCAUAAAGUCCGGCUAUUAACUCGGCAUGUUUGCACACUACUGUACAUUUCGUCGUUCUGUUUAAUUGUAAGUGUACCUCUCUUGUGUGUCGGAGGAUAUACUUUACAAGCGAGGGCGUUUGCCCAGUCCCAAGUCUUAUUGGUAGCAGCAAUUCUCUUCGCCGCCGGGGCCUUCCUUGAUGUUACGGGACAGUGGUUUGACCGAGAGGUUAUUGAUGUUAUGAAAGAGCGUUCUAUGUGCGCCAGAAAAGUCAAGGCGGUUAAGAUCGCGGGUAUUGCCAUUAUUCUAAUUGUCGUGAUCGGUGUGUCUAUUUUAACAAUAUCUCGCCACAAUCUACUGACCCCCAAUGCCUCUGAUCUCAAGCUCUGA